AUGGCGGAAUAUCGUGCUCGUACAGCGCAGUCUACUUGGAACGCCCGUCUGUCUAUCUGUCUGUCUACCUGCUCUGCAUACCUGGAAUGGAAAAAGAAAGCAGAUAAAGAAUGGUUUGCUAGAACGAAAAGGAUUGAAAAUAAAGUCAAGGAUCUUGAAAAGGAGGAAGAAAGACAAAUGAUAGAAAAAAAGAAAUGUGCCGAAAUAGCUUAUAAGGGAUGGCUAGAGUCAAAGGAAAAAGAAUUGAAGAAGAGGCUGAAAGAUGCUAGGCAAGCUCAUUUAGAGGCUCAGAAGAUGCGAGCUAGGAGACACAGUAACCGGGUGCAAGAGUCACAACAAGCAUUCCUUGCUUGGCUUGAUGUAGUGGAGAAGCGAUUUUGUGAUGAGAUGGCAAAGAAACAAACCCAUCAGCUGAGUCUAGCAGCCGAGGAUUAAGGCUAAUUAAUUAACUGUGUUCAUUUUUGUAGCUAAGGGUUAAUAGACUUCUGUUUGAUUAA